CCGCCAGUUUAUGUCUGGCAGUCAGUGGGUGAGGUCCGUGAUGCCCCGCUGGCCCGCUCUCUCAGCUCUCCCGCUCCUCUUGCUCCUGGUAGGGGCAGCGGGGGAGACCAGCGCUUAUUUUGCUGACUGGGGAGUGAUAGGAGGGCGGCCGCAGGAGCCUACUUGUGUGGACAUUCCGCAGAAUAUGCCGCUAUGUUCGGGGAUAGACUACAACAAGAUGCGGCUGCCCAACCUACUGGAGCACGAUACCCUGAAGGAGGCGCAGCAGCAGGCAGGGUACUGGGUGCCUCUUCUGAACCUGCGAUGUCACCCCAAUACGCAGCUGUUCCUGUGCUCACUGUUCACGCCAGUGUGCCUGGAGAGCCCCAUCUACCCGUGCCGCAGCUUGUGUGAGGCGGUGCGUAGCGGCUGCGAGAGCCGCAUGCAGACUUACAGCUUCCCUUGGCCCGAAAUGCUGAACUGUGACAAGUUUCCUCUAGACAACGACAUGUGCAUCACUGUGCAGCACACGGGCACCCCAGGACCAGAAAUUGUGCAAGAUGGAGAGUGUCCAGCAUGCAGCCCUGUGGAGACGUAUGAGAAUAUUCUGGACAACUACUGCAGGGCUGACCUAGUCGUUAAAACACGGGUGAAGAAACAGCGCAGAUCACAGCUGGUGGUGAAGAAGUCUCGACGUGUGUACAAGAGCAAGCCUUUGGAGGAAGACAGAAGAGCUAUAAGACGCCUUCGUUUUUCCCUGACAGAGGAAGCCAACUGUUGCACCAUCCCCGCCUCUAGGAAGCCUUACCUCAUAAUGGCUCGCCGCGAAGGAGCAGUAUUUAUACCUACGUUCGUCAUGCCCUUCAAGAAAUCAAAGCCAUUGCGCAAAGCUCUAAAGGUGUUCCGACAUGGCCUGAACUGCUCUGAUCCCAACCUGAUCACAAGUAACCUGGAACCGACAUCACUACCCGGGGAGAGCCAACAAAACCCACGCCAAAGUGGCCGUCGUAAAGGCCGCAGCAAGAAGUGCCUCAAGGAAUGUCGCAAAACCUGCAACAAAAGAUGCAGGAAGAAUCGUGGUGACAUUUGCAAGAAAAACUGCAACAAAAACUGCCGCAAGAAUUGUCGCUCGAACCAAAAUUCUCGAGGCCGAAAUAGGAAAGGUGGUUCAAAUCAGAAUCGGUCUCGUCCUAAUGGUAACCAGAGACCUAUUCCUGGUGUUCUGUCUCCCGAUGACAUUGCCAGUGAAAUAUCCAAUUUUGUCCCAGCCAAUUUUGAUCAUCCAAUAUCAAGCCAGGAAGGCAACCCAAAUAUCCAAGAGGCAGCGCAUGGAGAAGAAGAAUAAAUGAAUUUUCAGAAGAAGCGAGAAGCCAUGAGAUAUAUACUUCGGUUGUGGGGAGAGAUGCAGCAGUGAAGACUAGGCUGGGUCACACCAUACAACCAGUGGUGCUCAAGCUCACAGUCUGUUACUUAAGACAAUGAUAAGGCAAGAAGCGCAAGUACAUUUCUGUUGUGUGUAAUUUUAUAUUAAUGUUCUAAGAGUAAUUAUUAUAAUACUUCAGUAAGAGGCUUGUGUGGACAUUUGUGUUGCUGAAGUCCUCCCAGUUAAGGUCAUUCAUUCAUCAUUGUACUGCAUCUAUACUGUACUUUAUGCGAGAUGAAAAACCUACAUUUUCGAGAAUUAGAAAAUGAAGUUGUGACACACACACACACACACACACACACACACACACACACACACACACACACACUUAACAAAAAUUUUGGAAGAAUUGGUCCAAAGUUUUGAUCAGUGUAGUCAAUAUGUCAUUAAGAAUUGACCCGGUAUACAGUAAUUAUGUUCCCUUUUCAUUAGUUUGUACUAAUAGAAAGAUACCUGCAACACAUACUAGACAACACAAUAUGAUAAUGUAUUAAUGGAAGUAUUCAGAAGUUUAUAUAAUAGAUACUGUGCCAUACCUUAUUAUCUUUACUCUUUUAGUAUAAAACAUAAUUUAUAUAAUAGGGAUAUGGCUGAAUAUACAUUUUGCAAGUUUGUUAAUUCCGAAGUCUGUAUAGAAAUUAAUGAAUAAACAAAUGACUGAUAUAGCAAGUGCAAAUGUCAGUGAUAUAUACUGUUUAUGAUAAGUAAAUCAAUACAUGUACAUACUGAGGUACAGGUAAAGGGACCUCUUAUACUUCAAGACGAAAAUUCAUUCUUGCAUAUAUCAUUAAUAAAGAAAUUUCACUCAUAAUUAGUAAUUCCUGUCAUACAUUAAUUACAUUCGAGUCAACAGUACAGAGUUAAGCAUCUUGGGUUCUCAUACUCAUGUUACAGCGCAUUAAUACAGGUUGUUCAGUAAAUCACGAGGCAUUGCUUCAAUCUACACUUAGUUAAUGAAUUACUAUGGUACUGUACCAUCUGACUCUGUCUCUACUGUGAUGCCAGAGGAUUUAGCUAUGAUUUAUUGACUGUAUAUGGACUGGUAUAUUCUCUGACAUCUACAUAAACUAGAAUUUGAUAGUUUUUUUUUUUAGGCAGGUGUAUACAGUACGCUGGUCUUGUGAUAGUUGUACACACAGUAGACAUUUGUUAGGUACAGUAAUAGUUUAGAUGGAGCAAGACUACAGCUGCUGGGAUAUAGAGCACAUCAUACAUUAAUAUACAUGAUAGGCUAUGUAUACAUCAUCCCCCCCCAGAUAAUAUCCAAUAGAUGAAAUCCUUAUAAACUCCCCGUAAACCAUUAUUGGAACAUUAACCAUUGUUGUAGUUCAUGUAGUGCUUCUGUGAGUACAAUACUGUUUAUAAUGCACACUCAAUGGCUUAUGCACAACUGAGCACAAUAAUAUUUAUAAAAUAUUUGCAUUUAUAUUUUAACAAGUUGAGGUAAGAUUAAUAUUUACAAGACACAUAGAAGUAACUAUAAGGAGGAUUGAGAAAGGGGGUUAAUCUUGUUUAGGUAACACUCAAGUCUCCUUUACUGUGCACUGGUUUACUCACAAGGAAUUCUCUCUUUAUUUUUAACAUAUUAAAUGAUUAAUAUAUAGACUAAUGUACCAAAGAAAAUUUUAAUGUUGUCUGAGAAAUUAACAAACAGACAAAAAAAACAAGAUUUAAUUCAUUAUAUUAUAAACAUUAUCAAGAAAUAUUCAGUUCAAAGUGUAAACAAGUAUUUUUUUUCGACUUAAACUUUACUCUGGGGUUUAAAUUUGAACAUGUAUUGUAAUAUUCAUGGAUAAGAGUUUCUUCAAGAUGUUAAUACAGUAUUUCCUUCGAGUAAAUACAGUGAGUGAUUUUCUCAAGGUCAGUUGAAUGGAAAAUAAUAAGCCAUUGUUUUCUUCAGUUGGUGUACUAUACAACGGUCAUGUUAGAGAUAAAGGGAUAUAUUUUCAGUUACUUAUAAGACCAUGAGAUGUUUAUUAACCAAUGAUUUCUUGCUGACUGUCUCAAAAAAAUAAAGAAAGUAUUUUAUGAUGACCAAUCAAGUGAGAAACUCCUAAGAAAAUCUACCCAAUGCUUUUAAGACUGUACAGGAUAUGUUGUCAUCUGUUGGUAUUAAAUGUAUGUUCAGUUGCAGACAAAAUUCUCUGAACACUUAGCAGGUACAUUAAUUGGUUUAUAUCAUACACUAUGUUGGAACCACAAUAAGAAAAAACAUAGAAUUUUAAUCACCCUCACCUAAUGAUCCCCAAAUACUAAUAUAUCAACUGCUGAGCUUCCAGGAAAUUUGACCUCAACUUUACAUUCACUGUGUUAUAUAUAUCAUCACUUGGUCAUUCAUUAUAAACAUAACGUAUAGCCAUUAGGCAACCCCAUACCCCUGAUAGGUAACGAUUGUGUAAGUGUAUGUUUUGUAAUAACUGAGCAUUGGUUACCUGUGGCAGCAACAUCUGCUAGAAUACGUACAGGUAUAGGCAUUCUUUAUGUCUUCCUUGUGUUUAAGUCACUGCAUUAGUAAAUAUAAUGUAAAUUCUUGUCAUACAUAAAAAUAAAACACAUUUUUUCCACCAGGUCACCUAUGUAACUUAAAAUAUAGAUGUAUUAUAAUAGGUAUAAUUUGUACCAUACUAAAUACACAUACAUGCAUCUGCUAGUCACUGUCCACUGUUCAUGUAGUUGAAAAGAAUUGAAAAGAUUUUUUUUUUAUAGAGUUCAUUUAGGUAUAUUCUGCAGCUCAUAUUUGAGUUGUGUGUUAUCUGUAUGUUGCAUAAAACUAUUGAACACCAA